AUGACCAGUGUACCACCCCACCAAGACGCCUCGAGCGGCGAUACGGCUUUCGAUCAGACCCACGAGAAGCAUGUCGCCGAUAUGCCCACAUCGGAACAGCUGACUGAGGCGCCCGUAGCUGCGCAAGCUGAGAAUGAGGUGGAUAAUGUGACGGCGAAGACAGAUGGUUCGCCUUUGGAUCGCGCGCCCUCGCAGGCCGCAAAAAUGGGCAAGAAAAAGAUUAUAAUCGUGAUGGCGGCUUUAUGUUUGGCUGUGUUUUUAGCGGCUUUGGACAUGACAAUCAUUUCCACAGCCCUCCCCACCAUUGCUGCGCAGUUCGGUGCCACGGGCAGCGGUUUCUCAUGGAUUGCCUCAUCAUAUCUUCUGGCGAACGCCGCCUGUGUACCCCUGUGGGGCAAAAUAAGCGAUAUAUGGGGAAGAAAGCUUAUCAUUGUUUUCGCCAAUAUCCUCUUCCUGGUUGGCAGUCUGAUUUGCGCUUUGGCUCAUAACAUGGCCACUAUUAUCGCAGGUCGGGCUGUUCAAGGUGUUGGUGGUGGUGGCAUCCUUAUAUUGGCGUACAUCAGUGUCUCCGAUCUUUUCAGUUUGAGGGAUCGUCCGAUGUACUAUGGACUCUUUGGGGGAGUUUGGGCCGUCGCAGGUGCUCUGGGUCCUAUCAUUGGCGGAGCUUUUACUACAAGUGUAACUUGGCGCUGGUGCUUCUGGCUCAACCUCCCCAUUGGAGGUGUCUCGCUUGCCGUUGUCAUUCUUUUCCUUCACAUAGAUGCGCCAAAGACUCCCUUCUGGGAUGGCCUACGCAACAUUGAUUGGUUAGGAACAUUCCUGAUCAUUGGCGGAACCCUGAUGUUCCUCUUUGGAAUGGAGUUUGGAGGUGUCAACUAUCCCUGGGCCUCGGCUACCGUGAUUUGCCUGAUUGUGUUCGGCGUUGUCUCUUGGACCCUAGCGAUGGUCAUGGAAUGGAAGGUCGCUAAGUUCCCAAUCAUCCCUCCGCGACUGUUCAACAACUGGUACAACAUUCUCAUUCUACUCGUCUGCUUCUGCCACGGCUUUGUCUUCAUUGCCGCUACCUACUACCUCCCACUCUACUUCCAAACCGUCCUUCAGGCAAGCCCGAUUCUGAGCGGUGUGUAUAUGCUGCCUCUGGUCCUGUCUCUUGCAGUCGGCUCCGCGGGCACGGGCGUUGUCAUGAAGAAGACUGGUCGCUUCCGCGAGUUGAUCAUCGGAGGUAUGUUCAUGAUGACCCUUGGAUUUGGUCUAUUCAUCAACCUCAAGCCCUACGCCUCAUGGCCCCGUAUCGUCAUCUUCCAGCUGAUUACUGGUUUGGGUAUUGGCCCCAACUUCCAGGCCCCUCUAGUGGCCUUCCAGGCCAAUAUUCAUCCCAGCGACAUGGCUACGGCGACAGCCACUUUUGGCUUCGUCCGUCAGCUCGCCACUUCGAUUUCCAUUGUUCUGGGCACCGUCGUUUACCAAAAUAUCAUGUCCCAGCAGUCGGGGCAGCUUCUCGCCUCCCUGGGCCCUCAGAUCACCGCGACCCUUUCUGGUUCCUUUGCAGGUUCCUCUAAAGAACUCGUCAUGAGCCUCACCCCGUCCCAGCGUGACGUCGUCCUGGAGGCCUACACUUUUUCCCUUAGCCGCAUGUGGAUCUUCUACACUGCUUUUGGUGGUGUCGGUCUAAUCCUCGCUCUCUUCGUCCGUCGUCGCGAACUGAGCUCCGAACAUACUGUCCAGAAGACCGGUCUUGCUGAGCAAGAGCGUGCCCGUCAGGAGCGUCUCGACUCUGAGCGCAAGGCCCACUCGAAGCCCGAGGUCGAGGUCUAA